UGCAACUUGCAGGCUCUGUUUUGAUGCAGCUUUGACUUAUGAUGGGCUAAAUGUUUUCAAAUAUAGCUUUAUAUCAAUGCAGAAGUAGUAUACAUAUAUUCCCGUCUACUCAACAAAAUAAAAUAUGCUGUGUGGACAAUUUAUAUGAAAGGUAUCAAUAUUUUGGUCUUGAUUCAUAAUUUCCGUAUGCAUUAUUCAUUCAGCAAUUCGGCUGCAGCUCCUGGCAUAGGAGGAAGUCGAAAGCGAAAGUAGUAAACAAUCCCACAUGCUCUGACUAGCCAAACCAAAACUGUAUGGUUUCGUUCACUUUAUAUUUAUUUUCAUACCGAGUUAAUACAUUUCAAAUGUGUUGUAGGUUGGUAUACAUGUGGUAAUUCGUGAAAAAUGGGGAAGCGAAAGGUACAUAGUGGUACUCAAAACAACAAUGAUGUCCCUGACAAGCCAAUUGUGGUGGAAGGAAUGGAGCACUCAGUGGACCCAGGAGACAGCAACAUGCUUGUUGUGGUGCCCUCAAAAAAGAAAAAAGAGGCCAAAGUGCCUGUUGUGACCACAAAGAAACUGAGCAAGAAAGAACGAAAGAGACUCACAGACAUUGUGAAGAGGAAAGAGCAGAAAGAAAGGCGUGCAGAAUUACUGGAGUCCCUUGCCAAACAUCAAGCAACAGAGGAGGAGAUGAAAAACUUCACAUCUAUAACAGAGGUUUAUUCUCAAAACUUCAAAAGUGACCCAUCUAUGGAAGACACCUUUGAAAUGAAGGCAAAUUCUAUUCGAGGCUCUAAGAAGAAAAAGAAGCUUCAGACACCGAAACCAGAGCAGAUGGAAGCCGAUUCCACGGAUACAGACGACAUCUCGACCGAUGAGGAAGUAGAGAGAACGAUGGCAGAAGCAGAAGAAGCUCAAGUUGAUAAACCUGGGACUUCUGAUGCAGACAGUGUUGCUGAAGCACCUGACAGUAGGGGCUGCUCUGAAGAGACGAAGAUGGAGCAGGAUGAGAAAGUUCCACAGACUGGAGAUGUUACGCAGACUGCAGAAAAAAGCAAAGAUCCACCCAAACCAGCAGUGUUCAUUCCUCUUAACAGAAAACCAGAGAUGCAGGAAGGAAGGUUGAAGUUGCCGAUCCUAGCAGAGGAGCAGGUCGUCAUGGAAGCCAUCAACGAGAACCCAGUGGUCAUCAUCUGCGGAGAGACAGGGUCAGGGAAGACAACUCAGGUGCCACAGUUUCUGUACGAGGCUGGAUAUGCUCAUGGUAAAGGAAUUAUUGGAGUAACAGAGCCCAGGAGGGUGGCAGCCAUCAGCAUGUCCCGUCGUGUUGCCACGGAGAUGAACCUGACGUCCAGAGAUGUGUCGUACCAGAUCAGGUUUGAGGGCAAUGUCACGCCCGACACAAGGGUCAAGUUCCUCACGGACGGUGUCUUGCUGAAGGAGGCCCAGCAGGACCCCUUGCUGAGCCGUUAUUCAGUGAUCAUCAUUGACGAAGCCCACGAACGGAGUGUGUACACAGACAUCCUCGUGGGCCUCCUGUCUAUAGUGGUGCGCCAGAGAGAAAAGCGCGGCCGGCCUCUGAAACUCAUUGUCAUGUCAGCUACUCUGCGAGUUGAGGACUUCACAGGCCCCUCCCUCUUCAAGUACAGUAAACCACCACCAAUUAUCAAGGUGGAUGCUCGUCAGUUCCCUGUGACCAUUCAUUUCAACAAACGUACAGUGGAGGACUAUGUCACUGAAGCCUACCGCAAGGUCUGUAAAAUUCACAGAACCCUCCCUGAGGGAGGUAUCCUUGUGUUUGUGACAGGACAGCAGGAAGUGCACACUCUGGCCAAGAAGCUCAGGAGACUUUUUCCUUACUCUCGAGGUCAAGGAGUCCCUGAGAAAGGAAAGAAACAGUCUCGUCGAGAGAGAAAGAAAGAGAAAGAGAAAGCCAAGGAAGAGAAAGAGGAGCUGAGUACAUUACCGGAAGUCAGUUUGGACAGUUAUUCCGUGCUACCUCAAGAUGACGAAGAGGCAGAGAUGCAGGAAAGGGAGGCUGAGGAUGUUCCCGGGGACUUUGAGGACGAUGAGGAGGGUGACGACUUUGAUGAAGAAAUGAGGGAGCGAAUGGAAGAAGACAAACCGGACAGCUCUAUACCUCUGUUCGUUUUGCCUCUCUACUCCCUAUUGUCCUCAGAGAAACAGGCACUGGUGUUUGAACCCCCACCUGAGGGCUGCAGGUUGUGUGUCAUCGCAACCAAUGUCGCUGAGACGUCGCUCACCAUCCCCAACGUCAGAUACGUGGUGGACACGGGCAAGACAAAGACCAAGUUUUACGACAAAGUGACCGGUGUGUCCACGUUCCGGGUGACGUGGGUGUCCCAGGCUUCUGCUGACCAGCGGGCUGGACGUGCUGGCCGUAUGGGGCCUGGACAUUGCUACAGGCUGUACUCUUCUGCUGUGUUCAGCGACUUCACCAAGUUCUCUCCCCCAGAGAUCAGCCGUAGACCCGUGGAAGAUCUGGUCUUACAAAUGAAGAGUAUGAGGAUAGACAAAGUGCUCAACUUUCCUUUCCCAACGCCUCCGGAUCCAGAGCAGAUUAAGGCUGCUGAGACAGUUCUUGUGUCGCUCGGAGCACUGAGGAAAUCAUCAGCUUCCAACAGACUCAAAGACAUACGGAAAGGCCCGAGCCCCGUUAUCACGGAGGUGGGUGCCCAGAUGGCUGCGUUCCCUGUGUCUCCCCGCUACGCCAAGAUGCUCCUGCUCGGCCGACAGUUCAAGGUCAUGCCGUACGUCGUGGCUCUCGUGUCUGCCCUGUCAGUGGACGAGGUCUUUGAGAACUCCAUACAGCCCUCAGAUUUGGAAGAUAAAGAGCAGCUGAAGGCCAAAACGAAUCAGCUAAAUGUUUUUAGGUCAAAGUUGGUGGGCAACGCUCUCCUCCUGGGUGACAUGAUGGUGUUACUAACGGCAGUCGGUGCAUGUGAGGCUGAGGGAUGUUCACCCGCUUUCUGUCACCAGCUGGGGAUCAGGGUCAAGGCCAUGAAAGAAAUUAGGAAGUUACGGCUGCACCUGACUAAUGCCGCCAACAUCGUGUUCCCUGAGGACGACAUGGUGGUCAAUCCGAGACUGGCACCGCCCUCUGAUGAGCAGACAUUGGCUUUGAGGAAGGUCGUCCUGGGCGGGCUCGCUGAUCAUGUUGCCAGGAGAAGUCCUGGCCCACCCCCGGGCGCGGACAAGGCGGAGGUGAAACGUCUGAAGGGAGCCUUUCAGUGCACCCAGCUGGAGGAGCCUGCGUACAUCCAUCCGGAGUCCUCUCUCUUCCGCAACACGGAGGUGGAGUUUGUGGUGUACCAAUCCAUGCUGGAGACCUCCAGGCUCUACAUGAGAGGUCUGUGCUGUGUCGAACCCCACUGGUUCCCCGAGCUGGCCCCUAGUCAUUGCCUCUUGUCGAAAGCCUUGGAGGAGCCAGCCCCGAGGUUUGAUGCUGACUCGGGCACGGUGCGCUGUCACCGCUCUGGAAGUUUUGGCCGUUGCAACUGGGAGUUUCCUGCCACUGAGAUGGAGUUUCCUGAUUCGGUUGAGUGCUUCCGGUGGUUUGCCAAGUUUCUCCUGGAUGGAGAGGUGUUCCCCCAGCUGCAGAGGUUCAAGUCCUCUCUCACUCUGGCUCCUGCAACCAUGGUCAAGUCAUGGGCUAAACUGCAGCCCCGGACAGAGAGAUUUCUCAAGGCUCUUCUUAGCCAGGGAUGUAACACGCGGGCCGCCUUGGCGAAAGUGUGGGAGACAAGUCCAAAGUUUCUGCAGCGGGAAUACCUGGAGUGGGUCAAGGAGUCUGAGCAUGCCGAGGUCAUGACCUCUUGGCCUCCUACGUGAUAUGGGAAGAUCCACAAGACUGGAAUGAGAUUGAGAUGUACAGUCGAAAUUGUCCAAGAUGGCCGCCCUUUUGUCAAAGAGAAAAGUAGUUAUCUUAGACAGGUGGAGGUCUUGGACAGUUUCAUAAUAAUAUUACACCCCCCUACCCUCCCCUGCCCAAAGCAAAAACAAGAACGUAAAUGGGAAGUGGUCGUUUGUACAGGUGAUUGUUUUGGACAAGUGGCUGUUUGAGCUCGCUUGACUGUACUAUAAUGUAGUCUAUAAGAAAAUUGGGUUUUUUUGUUCGCAAGCAUAUCUUAUUUUCAAGAGCUCUGUGUGAUGAAGGUCACCCAUGAAAGUUAUGAGUCUAGAAAAUAAAUUCUUCAGCAAGUGUAAUUGGUCUUUCUGUACUAUCGGAAAACUUCAAAAGGCAAAAGGUCGUGCAUACUUCGUGGAAACUAUACGUUUGUGGUAUUAGUAUUCCAUUUAAUACAUGUUUAAAAAAAUUAGACACUUCUGAAAAAAGUGCACUAUUUUAACUGUUUAUGCAUAAAUUAUAUGACAAGUUGAUAACGUCGGCUCACUGGAUUAAGUGUAAUAAAAUGAAUAUUCAUUGA